AGAGGGAGGGGGGGUGUCGGAAGUUGGCUAGCGCAUGCGCCGUGCGCCUCGGCGGGUAGAGGGGUUGCAAGGACUCUUUUGUUUGGCGGAGGCGGAUCGAGCGCGAACCGCCGCUCGCUCUCUUGGCCUCUCUCUUUUGCCGUCCGUUCCUGAAGUCUGAGGGGUUUCCGCUCCGCGCGCGCUCUCGGCUCGGCCUGCAGCCGCUUCGUGGUGGCGGCGCCGACUGGGGUGGUCGUUUGAAAGCCGCUCGCCGCGCGCUUCCUUGGCGGGGCUUCCUCAGCCUCCUUUAAACUGCAAAAAUGGCGACCACAAUGGGAAAAAAACAAAACAAGAAGAAAGUGGAGGAGGUCCUAGAAGAAGAGGAGGAAGAAUAUGUAGUGGAAAAGGUCCUUGACAGGCGGGUGGUAAAAGGCAAAGUGGAAUAUCUACUGAAGUGGAAAGGCUUUUCAGAUGAAGAUAAUACUUGGGAGCCAGAGGAGAACCUCGAUUGCCCCGACCUCAUUGCGGAGUUCCUGCAGUCCCAGAAAACGGCACACGAGAGUGACAAGUCAGAGGGAAGCAAGCGCAAGGCUGAGUCAGACUCUGAGGAUAGAGGGGAGGAAAGCAGACCAAAGAAGAAGCGAGAAGAGUCUGAAAAGCCUCGCGGUUUUUCAAGAGGAUUUGAGCCAGAACGGAUCAUUGGUGCUACAGAUUCCAGUGGAGAGCUCAUGUUCCUUAUGAAAUGGAAGAACUCUGAUGAAGCCGAUCUAGUCCCUGCCAAGGAAGCCAACAUCAAGUGCCCGCAAGUGGUCAUCUCGUUCUAUGAGGAGCGGCUGACAUGGCACUCCUACCCCUCAGAGGAUGACGACAAGAAAGACGACAAGAACUAACUGGCUCGCCCUCCUUGCCCCUUCUCUCCUCUGCCCAACUUUUGUAUUGAAACAUCAGACUUUGGGUGUGAACAUAUAUGAGAGGAAGCAGAGAGGGUCCUGCCUGGGGAAGAUGCCCUCCGUAGAAACAGGACAAUUUCUGUGCCCUCAACAGUUCCAAAAAGCAGCACACUUGCCCACCUACCUUCCUUCCUUAGUUACAUUUACAUGGGGAAGGAAGGAGGGGAGAAUGGGCGAGUGUUUCCAAGCUUGUUCCUUGCUUGGGGAGAUGAAGCAAAAACAAAUCCAUGCAAGAAAGCCUGAGGGCUGCACUGGCUGCUGAAGAGACAGCAGGUGGAGGCUGCCUGUUCUUCAAAGACCAUCUCUGUGAUAUCACAGCCUUUCACCCCAUAUAGUGUUAACUGCGUUUUUUACAGUUUAGCAUGUGUGUAGAUUUCUUUUUUGUUUUGGCUAUACUUGGUGUAUUGUUGGGAUGGUAAGGGAGGGUGCAUCCUGAUUGAUUUGGGGUGGGGAGUGGUUCACAGCAUUGUAUAGCCACAGGCACCAUUUUUAGAAAAACCUAAGCCCCAGGCAUGGGCAAACUUGGGCCCUCCAGGUGUUUUGGACUUCACUCUAACAAUUCCCAACAGCCAGUAGGGUGUUAGGAAUUGUGGGAGUUGAAGUCCAAAACACCUGGAGGGCCCAGGUUUGCCCAUGCCCGCUGUAAGUGAAUUUGGAAUACUUUUAACUGAAAUGCUGGUGCAAAUGUGUCAAGUGAAAAAAUGAUCACAUGACGCUGAAACCAUUUAUGUAGGCAGCUCCUGUAAUUGUCACCCUAAAAUUAAGAGGAAAGAGCUUCCAUGGGUAUUUUAAUAAAGUAGUCAUUUAUCAAAUGAAUUUUUUUCCCCAUUUCCACUGCAUUGUGGUUUCUCUUUUGCCCUCCGUCCAGCAAUUUGGGAGUCCUGCCUGAUUUUUAUUUUCCUGUAUGUAGGUUAACUUGAGAAUCCGUCUAUUGGAAACGGGAGAAGAGUUGGUUGAAACUUACCUCUACAGCACAAGGGAUUCAAUAUACUGACACAGCUAUCUUCCGAUCAGAUUUGGGCAUUAGUGAUUGUUUCCUUGCUCUGGUCCUCCAUAAUUUCAUUUUUAAUAUAGAUUUUUGUUUUUCAAAGGUUAUCAUUUUGCUGAACCUUCGCACACCAUCAACUCUUCCUCUUUCACAGGACAGUAUGUACGUAGAAAUGUAUUGUACAAACCUUUUUUUAAAAAAAUAAAAGCAUGUGUUUUAGGUUACUGUGAAAAUGUUGUCUAAAACCUUAAAGUGUUUCAGUUUUAAUUUCAUACUGAGCUGUCUUUUUGUCUCAAUAAAACUUUAGAUUUAUA